AUGCCCGACACCAAGCGUCUACAUCUCUUAUCCGUGAAAAGGUCCGAGGCCGAAGCUCUGAAACGAAAUCUUGGGAGCUCAGUUGGAUCAACUGGCUUGUCUUCUGGGGCGAUUUUGGGGAUAGCCAUCAGCGCAGCGGUUUUGCUGCUGAUCAUCCUUCUCUCAGUAUUCAUCAACCAUGCAAGAAGGAAAGAUCGCCUAGAGAGGCAGCGGAUAGCUCAUGAAAUCCGAACGGUAGAGGAAGAUAUCCGAGCGGUAGAAGAAGAAAUCAGAGCCAAAACUGCUUCUAAGCCCACACGCCGGCCGGAAAUCAACCAUCCCCGGAAACCGUUGCCCGUUAUUGUCAAUCCUCUUAGAGAUGCCGACUAUGCCGGCCCCGAUCCCCUUCAAAAGUCUCCAAUGACCAAGACAAGGAGAGGUUUAGAUCAUAAAGGGAUUUUCCGAAUGUCGGGUAUGCGAGAUUCCUGGCCGUUGGUUUCCAAUAUCCCAUCAGCAUUCCUUCCGACCCAAUCGACUAUGACCUUGAAUCAAGUUGCACCUCCAGGAUAUGUUGUUGCCCCAGAGUCGAAAUGGCCUCGGAGGUCAUCCACAAGGGCUUCCAGAAACAGGGUGUCAGUUCCCGCCCAAGAGUCGUUCUCUGAGCCGCAACCGAUGGAACCGCAACCCAAAACGCCCUCACCUGAAAAGCGAAAUCGCCAACGUCGCUCGACCUCGGAAACCCAACUAUCAACCAUAUUACGGUCAACGUCACAACGUCUGAAGGCUGCCCAAAGGCAAUCCCUCACGAGGUCAUUGACCACUUUUACACGGCUCCCCGGAUCACCGCCAAAGGUACGACUACCAACGCCCCCAAACGGACGGCGGACCAUGAGUCGUGAAGGUCUCAUCGAGAAAUGUUACCCCGAACCUCUUUUCGGUCAUAUCUACCAGCCAUAUCGUCCUCAGACUCCACCCUCUGAUAAAUAUGGCAUUGAGUAUUGUACGGACUCUGCGACUAAAUCUGAAAAGCUACCUACGCCAUCCGAUGCGUCAGACGAUAGCUUAUGUGGGACUGGGAAACGUGAUUCGGUCAUCCCCCAAGCUCUGUCCUCACCAAGCAAGCAGAGCAAGAAACUGCAGAAAAACUAUAGAAUGAGUAUCUCACCGAAGGGUGCUCGGGAUAUUUCGAUGACGGCUCAAAAGAAUAGGCGUUCAUUAACCCUACCACCUAGAAGUCAAAGAUCAAGCCAGGAGAUGCACUACAGAUUUCCCAGUCACAAUCCCAUAUCUCUGUUUAACGAUCCUUUCUAUUCUGCAGUGAAGAGUUCUCGCCCGGUGCUCCCGAAGACGGAUCUCAUAGGACCUCGGCCGCUUCGUGUGCGAAAAGCGACUUUUGGGCAAGAAGCAACGAUGGGACGACCCCUAAGCUACACAUCACCAUUAUGUGACGUCUCGGGAAACGCCCAACACCCCCACAGAAGAACAGAAUCACAACCAAAUUGGCAGACGAUGACCAACCCUGAACGAAACCCUUUUCAAUGGGCACCUGAAGACGUGCAGAUGGGACCCGCACAGUUGAGCCCUAAACGGACCGGAUCGCGGCGCAAAGGGCACAAGAGAUCUAAUUCGAUUCGAAUGUCAAUUCUCUCGAGACCAAAAAGCACUCUAAGCGUGGAUGUUGUCCUCGAAGAGUCCGAGGAAGAUUCCAUGGCAUUUAGAUCUGACAAGCGGCCUAUUGGAGAAGCCGCACGAACCAAAUCCCCCACUCCAUCACCGCUAUCCCCUUCUCGAAGGCAUAGUCUGCGGCCACCAACAGCUGCAACAUUUAAUCCCUCUUUCACAGUUCCAACAUUAAUUAUCAAGCCCACCAGCAAACCAGACCUAAUGCAAUUGGACGACGCACUGGACUCCACCAUACAUUCGGCUCGCAAUUACUAUAGCCAGACUCUAGACAGUUCCGAGACGCCUAGUAAAUCUGAAGUUCCGUCAACGCUAACGCUGAAAGCUCGACGUUACGGUCACAACUUUACUGCUGAACAGGCAUUUAAAACUUGGGAGCUUGAAAAGUUAAUCUCAUUUCCGCCUCCCAUAAAAUUCCCCAAGUCUAGCCUUCCUGAGCGCCCAUCGAGCUCAAGAAGUUCGGCUAUUAGUCUUUUACAGUCUCCACUGCCAGCCCCUGCACCGCCCCUCCUGGCGAUACCUAUCCCAGGUCACCUUACUGGGCCACGCUCUGAACGUCCAAAAUCACACUCUGAACGUCCAAAAUCCAGCCAAGGAUCAUGCUCUCCUGCACCUCGAGGAUCCUUACAUAAUUCUAUCUGCAUGCUCCGUCGCAUGAAUUCCGAAGUCUCUCACUACAGUACUAGGUCCCCAGGGACGGAUGGGAGCCCAGUACAAAGCCCCAAAUUACAAUUUGAUAACCCACGUAUUAGCGCCAUCCAGGCGGAAAUUACGCAUGAGAGAGGCAGGACCAGAGGAUCAAAACAUUAUCUUUCAAUCGGUCAAACCCCCCCCGGCAGUAGUCGGACAAGGGACUCGCAUCAUAUCUACAAAGAUCGACAGCGCAGAAGACUGAUUCAAGAAAAUGCCGUUCCAGAAACUAACGAACUGGCGUCGGUUGAAGAAUCGACCAGUUUCCCAACCGAACAGAGCGCACUGGGGAUUAUGAAUUUGCCUUUUCCCAAACUGUCCUCCUUAGAGACCACAGGGAUCUCCACCCCUAACACCGGAGACAAUAUUACCUUAAGCAAGGAAAGAAGACGUAUCGUUGGAAUGGAGCAUUUGUCGCCUGAAACACCAACCAAAUGGGGAUCUGGGAAAAAAUGCCUGGUAUCAGCCGUAUUGGCCGGAGAAGCGACACAAAUGAGUAGCGGGAAUCGAAAUAGCGGAGGACAUAGCCGGGCAGGAAGCGUCGGCCUAUACGAUGAAGAUGGAUUUUUGAAGAGCUCGCCGUCGGCAAAACAUCGGCAUGCCUACUACCCCUUGAAAUCUACCCCUGUUUUGUUGCCAAGAAACUGGGGAAGUCAACGCUUGGAACUUGGACUCCGACCCCCACCCCCAAGUGACCUCAUUGUCAUAUUUCAUCCUGGAUACCAUUCUUCUAGACUCGGAUGUAACACUCAGAAAGCCAAACAGGAAGCAAUCAAAGAUCCUACCAUCAAAAUGCCACGAAUUCGUCUUGAGGACAGCCAAGAGCUCUUACAACAGGCUGGAGAAGGGGUCGUAGGAGGCGCUAAGAAGAUGUGGGAAGGAUUCACCGAUUUCGCCUUGCAAGAUAAUGUAUUGGAGGUUGCCGUAGGUUUGAUAAUCGCAGCGGCUUUCACAACAGUGGUUACGUCUUUCGUUUCGGAAAUCCUGCUCCCGCCACUAUCUCUCCUCCCGUUUGUACAUCGAAAUUUGGAUGAGAAAUUCGCGGUUCUGAGGCCCGGACCGCAUUACAAUAAGACUCUUGGUUGGGGGUAUAAUACCUUGGAUCAGGCUACGGCUGAUGGGGCAGUUGUGAUGGCUUAUGGAGCCUUUAUCAAUAAGCUCGUUAAUUUUGUAGGCGUUGGGUUUGCCUUGUACGUCGUAGCAGCUCUCUAUGACCGUUUCGGAGGGAGUGACCCCAUUGUCAAGCACACGGUUAAGUGCAAGUACUGCAGGAAAAGGAUCAACUACAAAGCAUUCCGCUGUGUCAACUGCACCAGCUGGCAAGAUGGGCGGGAGGAGCAUACGCAGUAG